AAACAUAACCUUCAAUUUAUAAUGUGGUUUUAAAAUUAAUUACUUAACUUUGAAUUGAAUUAUUUUCAUUUAGGAAAAUUAAGUUAUAACUUCGAAAAAUGUCCAAAAAGCGAUAUAAUUGGAAAGCUAGGCAAAAUGUUGAAACUCUGGUUGAUAAUACUCAUAAAGAAAAGAUUAAAGUUGAUUUUGAAACUGUAGGAAAAUACGAUCAGAGCAAUGAGCUGGUUCUACCUUCUGAAAAAAGAAAAACAAAAAUUAAAAAGAAACAAGCUGAAGUUACAAGAAUACUUUCUAAGAAACAAAGGAAACAUCUUCAAAAUAUUGUAGACAAAAAGAAGAAGAAAGAGAUGAGAGCACACCUGUUAGAUUCGCUUCAAAAAUUUCAAGUAUCUGCUGAAGAAUUGUCUAAAUUAACUUCCAUAGCUUCAGUGCAAACUAAGGGUCUUAAAAGAUACUUCCAAGAAGAAAUAAAUUCUGAGAAAGUAAAAUCAGAACCGAAAUCAGAAUUAAAACAGACAGAUAUAGACUUAGCACCUAGUAAAAAACGAAGAAAACUGUUAGAAAGUAAUGAAACAAAGAAUACUGAUGAUCCAAAUAUUGUUGGGUUUGAUGAGAGUAGCAGUUCAGAUAGUAGUGAUGUAGAAUCUUUUGAAGAAUCAUUUGAAGUUAAUAAUAAAGAAAGUACUCACGAAAAUGGGAUAGAAGCUGUAGAAAUUAGUCCUGGCCCUGUCAAAAAGGAAGUGAUAAAUAUCGAAAACAAACUAAAGUUAACAAGUAUAAAAAAUGAGGAUUCUAAAGUGGAUUCUGCUUCACGAAAGCCUGCAGUUUAUGUAGAUGUGAUAAGAAGUGAGCAGAUCCAAGCUGCCAGACUAAAAUUACCCAUAUUAGCUGAAGAGCAACAGAUUAUGGAAGUCAUCUAUGAGAACUCUAUUAUUAUAAUAGCUGGAGAAACUGGAAGUGGAAAGACUACACAAGUUCCACAAUUUUUAUAUGAAGCUGGAUUUGCUCUCGAUAAACAAAUAGGUGUUACGGAACCCAGAAGAGUAGCUGCGAUUUCUAUGUCAAAUCGAAUUGCACACGAGAUGAAUUUAAGUACAAAAGAAGUCAGUUAUCUAAUCAGAUUUGAGGGGAAUGUGACUGAUGAUACGAAAAUCAAGUUUAUGACUGACGGUGUGUUAUUAAAAGAAAUUCAAAGUGAUUUCUUGCUUAGUAAAUACUCUGUCGUGAUUUUAGACGAAGCUCAUGAGAGAUCAGUGUAUACAGAUAUAUUAAUUGGUCUGCUUUCCCGAAUAGUCCCUUUAAGACACAAGAGAAAUGACCCUCUUAAACUGAUUAUAAUGUCUGCUACUCUACGUUUGGAGGAUUUCACAGAAAACCAACGCCUAUUUAAAAAUCCACCACCGGUUAUAAAAGUAGAAGCCAGACAAUUUCCAGUGACCUGCCAUUUCAAUAAAAGGACCAAUGAAAAUUAUUUAAAAGAGGCUUUUAUUAAAGCUGUGAAAAUUAAUACAAAACUACCGGAUGGAGGAAUUUUGAUAUUUGUUACAGGUCAACAAGAAGUGAAUUAUCUAGUGCGAAAACUUAAAAAAGCUUUUCCUUUGAGGCACAAAAAUAAAAUUCUUCAACAAAAUGAGCAACUGAAAAAAGAUGAUAAAGUAUUUGAAUCCGAAGAUGAUGACUUAGGCAAGAAAAAAACACCGAAGAAUAAAAAUAAGAUAAAAAUUAUCCCGGAAAUCAAUUUAAACGAUUAUAGUAUUCCUGGCGAUAACGAAAAUAUAGAUGAAGAAUUCUCAGACCUUGAGGAUGACGAGGAUGACAAAGUUGACGAAACAGUUAUAUCCAAUGCCCAGCCUCUGUGGACUCUUCCCUUGUAUUCAUUAUUAUCCACCAGUCAACAACAAAAGGUUUUUGAGUCUCCACCUCCUGGUUGUAGACUAUGUGUAAUUAGUACCAACAUUGCUGAAACUUCGCUUACGAUUCCCAAUAUUAAAUAUGUAGUAGAUACCGGAAAAACCAAGGUGAAAUUGUAUGAUAAAGUCACAGGUGUCACUAGUUAUGUUAUUUCUUGGACAAGUAAAGCAUCUGCAAAUCAGAGAGCUGGCAGAGCUGGACGAGUGGGUCCUGGACAUUGCUACAGGUUAUAUUCUAGUGCCGUUUUCAACGACGAAUUUCGAGAAUAUUCAGUUCCUGAAAUUCAAGAAAAACCUGUAGACGAUUUGUACCUUCAGAUGAAAUGUUUGAAUAUAGACAAGAUUAUAAACUUCCCCUUUCCCACUGCGCCUAAUUUAUUGCAAUUAAAAACAGCGGAAUCUAGACUGGAAACCUUAGGUGCACUCAAUAAAGGAACGGUGACCCCGCUGGGACGGGCGAUCUCCAAAUUUCCUGUCUUGCCAAGAUUCGGCAAAAUGUUGGCUCUUAGUCAUCAACAGAAUUUGUUACCGUAUACUAUUUGUUUAGUUGCUGCUUUGUCUGUACAAGAAGUAUUAUUGGAGGUUCCAGUCGUGCAAACAAGCCAAGAAAAACAAAAAGAACUUCGGCAGAAAUGGUCUUUAACACGACAGAAAUGGGCUGGCCGUGCUAAUUCCCUUCUGUUAGGCGAUAAUAUGGUGCUAUUAAAAGCAGUAGGAGCUGCUGAAUAUGCCAACAGUGAACAGAAUCUGGAAAAGUUCUGUUUUAAUAACGGCCUUAGGUAUAAAGCGGUGCAAGAAAUCCGAAAGUUACGAGUUCAGCUUACAAAUGAAAUUAAAAAAAAUAUCCCGGACGCUGAUGUUAUAGUCGAUCCAAAAUUAGAACCUCCAACAGAUAUUCAAGCGAAACUAUUAAGACAAAUACUUCUCUCUGGCAUGGGCGACCAAGUAGCCAAGAAAAUCUUACCCGAAGAAGUGAACGAAAAUUAUGUAAAAUUCAAAUACGCGUACAAUGCCAAUAAUAUGGAAGAGCCUGUAUUCUUGCAUAGAGGAUCAGUAUUGAAAAAAUCUUUACCAGAAUUUGUAGUCUACCAGGAAAUUUAUGAGACAAAUAAAAUGUACAUGAGGGGUGUUACAGCUAUAGAACCAGAAUGGUUAGCCACUUAUGUUCCUAAUUUGUGUAAUUUAUCAGAGCCUUUACCAAGUCCGGAACCAAGAUAUAAUUCAACUACAGGGAAAGUAUACUGUACAGUUACUGGCUCUUUUGGAUCACAAGGUUGGCAGUUACCUAACAUAGAAAUCGUUUAUCCCGAAUCUAUUGACUGUUUCAAGUGGUUCGCCAAGUUUUUUCUUGAGGGUAUAGUGUUUAUCAAAUUACAGAAGUACUCUAAAAUAUUGUUGAGCCAACCAAAUAUUAUGGUCAAAAAUUGGUCUAAGCUACAGCCCAGAACCGAAGCUAUUUUGAAAUGUUUAUUAAGUAAAGGAUGCUGUUCUAGGGAGAGUGUGAUAGCUGUGUGGAGUACAACGCCCAGUUAUUUAUUAUCAGAAUAUAUGAAAUGGCUGCCAGAAUCAGCACAUGCAGAGGUUCAGUUACUGUGGCCACCAAUAGAUAAAGAAAAAUCAUAAGUUUAUAUAUACACCUGUAUAUUUAUAAAGAUUUUUAUAUAUAAUUUAUUUUCAAUAAAAGUUUUAAAGC